UAUCCAGGAUAAUACCUAAAUAUUUACCUAGUUUGCACAUGUAGGUAUCGCUAGUGGAUUGCAAUACCUAACGCAACGCAACACAAUACAAUGCAAUGUAGGUAUUAAAGCAACCGAAAUGAGUAAAGUAGCAUUGCAUGUGUCUUUAUGUGGCUUCUCCACUUGAGAUAUUGAUUUUCCAAGUAGCGACGUAAUGCAGUUAUUUCAGUGAACCAGCAAAGUUAUUGGAAAGAUUUAAAUUACCCUUGUGGUGAACAGCUCUACGCCACACGUCACAUACAGCAAAUCAUACAACUGUCAAUCAUCGCGAAGAAUAUGACGCGCUCAACCAAUAGCAGCGAAGAAUCUAAAUCGCGAUUACAAAGAUUUCACGGAUUGGAGCAUAUAUGCAACCUCUGAUACAACAUUGUUGGAGCCGCGGUUUCCCAGGCAUACUUAGCCUGGCGGAAGUUAGGUGGCGGUCGAGCCGGAUCAUCGCUCCCGCUUCACCCUAAUAGGAUUGUUUUGUUCACGUUCGAAUAGAAAUUCAACAAGACAACGCUCUGGCUUGACGCUCUUACAUAUCAUAUCGAACCAAACAUAAACAAAGUCGGAAACUAGGGGACAGGGGUGAGGUUACACGGCGCGGGGUCAAACCGUCGUCUACAAAAGCACCUCGCAGAUAUAUAUAAUCCUCAUUUUGUUCAAGUCGUACUCCCUUAGCAAUCAUUUUCUGCAUUUUUUCAUUGCCAACUUUGACUGAAAACGAAUUUAACGAUUCAAUAUUAUAUACGAGCCCGUUUCUCUCUUACCGCCAACUUUGAAUUUCUCUCUCAUUCGCGACAAUGGCUGUUUAGUGUGUAUUGAUCAAGACCAAACAAACCGUCUUGGUAUUUACAUAUUAAUAUUCGAAGAAUAAUGAGUACAUGCUACGCUGGAUUGCAGACAAGUCGGAAUGAUGUUAUUUUAAGGAUACAUAAACCUUAAAAUAAAACCGUAUAUAUAUUGCACAUUGCUGUAUCAAUUGGUUAUUAAGUGUGUAAUUGCUAAUUACACAUAUAAAAUAAAAACUUAUUUAUUUUAUUGUGACCAGCACUUUUCUUUAAGGGGCGUACCUACUUGCAUUAAAGAUGUUAGGAAUUAUAGGCAGCGUCGUAUUUUUGGCAGUGUUAUUAAGAUCGUUGUAUAAAAAUGCUUAUAGGAGACCAUCAGAAAAGUUUCCACCAGGACCUCCAAGCCUCCCCGUAUACGGUGCCUACUGGAUAGUGCUAUGGUACGGCUACAACGACCUAGCGAAUGCCUUCAGAAAACUUGGAGAAAUAUACAAGACCAAGGUAGUCGGACUGUACUUGGGUUCUGUGCCUACGGUGGUGAUCAAUGAUCCUGUUAUGGCCAAAGAGAUGCUGAGUAGCGAUGCUUUCGAUGGUAGAAUGGACGUCAUCUUAAACAGACUCCGCUCUUAUUGGAAGCGGCUAGGUAUAUUCUUUGUGGAUAGUUACUUCUGGUACGUCCAAAGACGGUUCUCGCUUCGUUGCUUCCGAGACUAUGGCUUCGGGAGACGACACCAAACCCUGGAGUCAGUGGUAGAGAAUGAGAUUAAGACCCUACUGGAUAUAAGGCUCAAUGGCCCACAGAAUCCCGCUGAGAAGGGCGUCGUGGACGGCGAUCUAGUACAAUUUCCUCACUUUGUCGUGACGCCUUUUCAGAACGGAAUGAUGCAUGUGUUAUGCCAGACAACUGUAGCUCGGGACGAGUAUGAGAUCCUGUGGGAAUUAUCUCGGAAAGGUAUGAUGUUUCAAAGGAGCUCUGACGACGUCGGUGGAGCCCUGUCUCUGACGCCGUGGCUGAAGGACCUGGCUCCUAACUGGAGCGGUUAUAAUAAUUUAAGGAAAGGCAUUCAACCUUUUUUGACAUACUUUGAGAAAAUAGUGGAGAGAGAGAUGGAGACCUAUGAUAAAACAAACGAACGUCACUUCCUGGACGCAUACAUCACGAAGAUGAAUGAAGAAAUGCGGGAGAAAGGCAGGUCAACAUUUUCUGUGGAACAACUGGUGAUGAUAUGUGUGGACUACUUAUUCCCGGCGACGACCGUGGCGGAGACGACGCUGACCAUGAUGUUCGAAAGGCUGCUAAUCCAGCCCGAGCUGCAAGACAAGAUGCAGGAGGAGGUGGACCGCGUGGUUGGUUCUGGAAGGCUGCCGAACAUAGAUGAUAGGAAGAAUAUGCCAUAUACUGAAGCAUGUAUCCGAGAAGCGAUGCGAUGGGACACCCCGAUCACGCUUGGCGUGCCACAUAGAGCCACAAGGGAUACCGUCUUCAAUGGAUACGAUAUUCCUCAGGAUACCAUGGUAGCGCCGAAUUACGUGAUGCUGCACAUGGAUAAGGAUGUCUGGGGAGACCCCGAGAAUUUCCGACCAGAGCGGUUCAUCGUGGAUGGAAAACUAGAUGUCUCUAAGGAUAGAUCGCUACCGUUUGGUGCUGGUCGUCGCUUAUGCGCUGGCGAGACCUUCGCUCGCAACACCAUGUUCUGUAUAGUGUCCUCUAUCAUGCAGAGUUUUCGUGUGGAGCGGGCCCCGGGCACGGGACCCUUGCCCGCCCCUCGAAUUCAGGGCAUCAUCACUACAAUACCUGAUUUCUGGGUCAAACUCACACUGAGGAAAAAACACAUGACAGUUUCUAAUUUACUAAUACCUCCUCUUGACCUGUUUUAUGGGAACGCAACUACAGUUUUUAUCAUGUUUGGUGCUAUAAUACUGGUUGUCCUUUUGUCAAUUAUAGUUAAUUAUUUAUAUAAAAAUGCUACAAAAAGGCCGAGUAAGAAUUUUCCACCUGGGCCCCCUAGUCUUCCCGUUUAUGGAGCCUAUUGGAUGGUUCUAGCGAAUGGCUAUAAUAACUUAUCGAAGGCAUUCAGGAAACUUGGUCAAACGUACAAGACUAAAAUAGUCGGGUUGUACUUGGGUUCAUUUCCAGUGAUCGUAGUUAAUGACCCCGUGAUGAUCAAGCAAAUGUUGUAUCACGAAGAUUUUGAUGGACGCACGGACAUCAUAUUGGGAAGACUACGCGCUUUCUGGAAGCGGUUGGGUAUAUUCUUUACGGACAGUUAUUUCUGGUAUGUCCAGAGACGAUUCUCCUUACGUUACAUGCGGGAUUUCGGGUUCGGUAGACGGGACGAGACCCUGGAGGCGGUGGUGGAAAGUGAGGUCAAAACUAUGCUGGACAUGAGACUAAACGGACCCCAGUAUCCUGCUGAGGAGAAAAUAGUAAAUGGCGAACUUGUGUAUCUCCCUUACUUCCUCACGAUCCCAUUCAUUAACGGAAUGCUACAAGUAUUAUGCAGGUCGACCCUACCUAGAAGCCAAUACGAGGUUUUAUGGGAAAUGAGCCGGGCUGGUCUCUUGUUUCAAAGGAGCUCGGACGAUGUGGGGCGAGCCUUGUCUCUGACACCAUGGCUCAAGGACCUGGCACCAGGCUGGAGUGGCUACAGUGGGCUACGGAAAGGAAACCAGUAUUUUUUGGACUUUUUUACUAACCUAAUAAAUCAAGAGAUGUCAACAUUUGAUGAGUCGCACCAGCGGCACUUCCUGGACGUGUAUAUCAAGAAGAUGAGGGAGGAACAGCGUCAGCACGACAAGUCCACGUUUUCUGUUGAACAAUUAAUCCUGAUUUGCACCGACUACAUGUUUCCCGCGGCUACGGCGGUCCAGGAAACACUCGCGAUGUUGUUGGAGAGGCUGGUGAUACAGCCAGAGCUCCAGGAUCGUCUCCAUGAGGAGGUGGACCGCGUGGUUGGUAGCGGCAGGCUUCCCAACCUCGAUGACAGGAAAAAUAUGCCGUAUACGGAAGCCUGCAUACGAGAAAUUAUGCGGUUUGAGACACUGGUGCCUCUAGGAGUUCCCCAUCGUGCCAUCAGCGACACUAUCUUUAACGGGUAUGACAUACCACAGGGCACCAUGGUAUCUCCUAACUUGGUGAUGCUGCACAUGGACAAGCAGAUCUGGGGCGACCCUGAAUCGUUUCGACCGGAAAGGUUCAUCGAGAACGGAAAGUUGAACUUAGCUCUUGACAAAUCUCUGCCAUUCGGCGCUGGUCGUAGGUUAUGCGCCGGUGAGACGUAUGCACGUCAAACGAUGUUUCAAGUGUUCGCGGGGAUUGUUCAGAAUUUCCGCGUUGAACGGGCCCCGGGCUCGGGCCCCAUGCCAUCUCCUCGCAUCCAGGGCAUCAUCACCACCAUACCUGAUUUCUGGAUUAAGCUCACGGCGAGAAUUUAACUGUGAAAAAUGGAAUUUGUUAAAAAAAGGGUCACAUAGUACCUAUCCAUGGAAAGCUAAGUCGAUUUUACCUUAGAAAAAGUUUUGUUAAUUUUUUAAGCAAUUUUUUUAGUGAAAACGCU